AUGGCUCCUUCUGCUUACUUUCCGUGGACGAGGCAUAUUAAAGAGAAAGGCUGUUCCCUAGACAGCCUGGAACCAAACAAAGAGGGCUUGCUCGUUACUGAUGCUAAUGACAACAUGCUUCACUACCAGAGUACUUUUGAAGCUUCAUCACUCUCCUAUAUGGAGAUUGCGGAAACGCUACGAACGGAUCUUACUCGGGGCCUAUCUGCAAGUGAGGCUCUGAGACGUCAGAAGUUUAAUGGAUAUAAUGAAUUUGAAAUUGCUGACCGUGAGCCUCUUUGGCAGAAAUAUUUGGAACAGUUUAAAAGUCCUCUUAUCUUGUUGUUGCUGGCAAGUGCUGCUGUGUCCUUGUUAAUGAAGCAGUUAGAUGAUGCAGUUAGUAUAACGGCUGCGAUCGUUAUUGUUGUUACUGUUGGAUUUGUGCAAGAAUAUCGUUCAGAAAAAACUCUUGAUCAACUUAAUAAACUUGUCCCGCCGUCUUGCCAUGCGGUAAGGGACGGCAAAGAGAUGCAGUUUUUAGCCAGGGAGCUUGUGCCUGGAGAUCUGGUGCUCUUGAGCGUAGGUGAUAGAGUGCCAGCAGACUUACGUCUCACGGAGGCAGUCGAUCUUCAAGUAGAUGAGUCUUCAUUUACUGGGGAGAUGGAACCACGGCUAAAGCACGUAAAACCUUUGAAAAGUGAUUUGGUUACGGAACAUAUAGAUAACGUGGUUUACAUGGGGACCUUGAUCCGAAGUGGUCACGGAAAGGGCUUAACUAUCGGAACUGGAGCAAAUACUCGGUUUGGGGAAGUUUUUAAAAUGAUGCAAUCUGAAGAAUCUCCAAAAACGCCUCUUCAAAACAGUAUGGAUCAUCUAGGGACACAGUUGUCAUUCUAUUCUUUUGGAGUUAUCGGUAUCAUUUUUCUUAUUGGACUAGUUCAAGACCGCGAUAUUUUGGAAAUGUUUACUAUUGGUGUAAGUUUGGCUGUGGCUGCUAUUCCCGAAGGUUUGCCUAUAGUAGUUGCAGUAACUUUAGCAAUAGGUGUAAUACGUAUGGCAUCUAGGAGAGCCGUAGUAAAGAAGUUGCCAGCUGUGGAGACAUUAGGAUGUGUUACCGUUAUAUGUUCAGAUAAGACGGGUACUUUGACUAAAAAUGAAAUGACUGCCGUGACGGUUGUGUCAUCUGAUGGUCUUGUUGCUGAUGUACUGGGAACUGGCUACAGUUUGGAAGGGGGGUUAUGUUGCACUGGAGGUGAGCGGAUAAUCGGCAAUUCACACCCGUCACUCAGUCGGGUUAUUGAAAUUGGUUGUGUCUGUAACAAUGCUGCGCUUACGAAUGGAACACUCAUAGGUCAGCCCACUGAAGGUGCUCUUCUUGUGCUGGCAAUGAAGGCACAUAUAGACGAACGACGAUCAUUUUAUCGACGUACUGAAGAAAUUCCGUUCACAUCGGAUUCUAAAUUUAUGGCUGUGCAAUGCGAGUUUAAAGAUGCGUCGUUGAAAAUGAUUAGAUUUCAGUGUGGAGUAUCGAGCGAAAUGUUCUUGAAGGGUGCGCUAGACCGAGUGUUAGAAAAGUGUGUUGGCUACUUAGAAAAUGGUAAGGACGUUGCUUUGCUUGACGAGGCAUCGAAGGAAAAGUUUAUAGAAACUGCUCGCAAACUGGGCAGUACUGGACUGAGAGUAAUAGCACUUGCCUGUGGACCUAAUGAACAAGAGCUGUAUUUCGCCGGAUUGGUUGGUAUUUUUGAUCCCCCAAGACAAGGUGUUACUGAAAGCAUCGAGGUGGUACAGUCGGCGGGGGUUAAAGUUAAAAUGGUCACCGGUGAUUCUUACGAGACGGCUUGUAGCAUUGGGGCCCGGCUGCAAUUAUUCAACACUAGCACAAACUGUCUCUCUGGUCCCCAAAUUGACCAAAUGACCGACGUUGAACUUGAAAGUGUCAUUAGAGAAGUUUCAAUCUUUUAUCGUUCCUCUCCGAAACACAAACUUCGCAUUGUAAAAGCUUUGCAAAAUUUGGGCGAAGUAGUGGCUAUGACUGGAGAUGGCGUUAACGAUGCAGUAGCUUUAAAAAAGGCAGAUAUUGGGAUAGCUAUGGGGAAAAGCGGGACAGACGAAGCUGCGGAUAUGGUGUUGUUAGAUGACGAUUUUUAUACCAUUCGUUCUGCAAUUGAAGAGGGCAAGGGAAUAUAUCAUAACAUUACAAAUUUUGUCCGAUUUCAGCUGAGCACUAGCGUUGCUGCACUAUCGCUUAUCGCUAUUUCUACAUUGUUCCACUUUGAAAAUCCGUUAAAUGCUAUGCAGAUCCUGUGGAUCAACAUUAUUAUGGAUGGGCCUCCAGCGCAGAGUCUUGGAGUGGAGCCAGUUGACAAAGAUAUCAUUCGACAGCCACCACGAAAUGUUCAGCAGCCAAUGAUUACUCAUAGCUUAAUCAAAAAUGUUUUAAUCUCAGCUUCAAUUAUCAUUACCGGAACUCUGUCGGUUUUUUACAUGGAAAUGUCGGCGGAUAACAAAAUAACCCCUCGAGAUACUACGAUGACAUUUACUUGUUUUGUUUUAUUUGACAUGUGGAAUGCCUUGGCUUGUCGAUCUAGUAGGAAAAUGAUAUGGGAAAUCGGUCUCUUCCGGAAUCGUAUGUUUUGCCUUGCUGUUUCCGGAUCGUUAAUUUGCCAGCUUGCGGUAAUUUACUUACCUCCACUACAGCAUAUUUUUCAAACUGAGGCACUGAGCUUAUAUGAUUUGUUGUUUCUCACUACGCUUACAUCGCUGGUUUUUGUCGUUUCUGAAGUAAGGAAGUAUUUGGAGCUACGGUCUGCACGAAGUUAUCAUCUGUGCCCUCAAGCUAAUGACUUGUAG